UAAGGAGGUAGAAACGCGCUGCCUGACAGAACAUACAAAAUCAAUAAUCUUCAGGCUACAUCAAAAUCCGUGUUUUUGAAACUAAAUAAGUUGUGAGGGGCGUUUCACAUUCAACACAAUCACAGAAGAAGACAAGACAUCAUCAUGGCAGCAGAUCCGUGGGUGGUGCAACAGCACGAGCACGCCAAGUUUGCUGAGCACUUCCGCAACCUGGGACCCGUGAACGGACAUCUUACUGGUGAACAGGCUAAGCGGUUUAUGUUACAGUCUCAACUGCCACCACCCAUUCUGGGUCAGAUAUGGUCUCUAGCGGACACCAACGCUGAUGGAAAACUGGACCUUCGAGAGUUCUCUAUAGCCUGCAAGAUAAUCAACUUGAAACUGCACAACAUUGAAGUACCGAAAGCCUUGCCGCCGUCUCUACUCGCGUCCCUCAGUCCUACAGGAGCACCAAAACCUCAAUUUGCGCAACCACCCGCUGCACCAGUCGCAGCCCCCAUAAAGCCCCCAAUUCCCCCGAUGCCGGCUCUCCCAACCCAACCACUCAUAUCCGGGUUGACAACCACGCAACCAAGCAACCAAUCAUUAUUAGGGGACUUAGUAGGCCCUCCUCUGGUCUCCCAACCGCCUUUAAUUCCCCCAAUUGCAAAACCUAUCGUACCUAACGUACCGGAUCUAAUAUCUGGGGUAAAACCGGGACAACCGGUUGCAGCAACCACGCAACCUAUUGCUCCGUUAAUGGGACAACCGUUGAAUCAACCUAUAUUACCAACUCAGCCGAUAACGUCUCAACCGUUGGUUGCUCAACCAAUGUUGCCUAAUCAACCGGUUAACCUGAUCGGUCAGCAACCUAUUUAUCCUCAGGUUGAUCAGUUUUCUUUAAACAACCAACCUUUAGUUCAGCCAAUGGUGCCUCCUCAACCCAGACCUUAUACAUCUCCUCCGGAGACUCAAGCUGCUUCCAGCCCAUUGACCGGGCAACCUAUUGGGCCUACCACAAUAGGCUCUCUAGUCAAUAGUCCACCGUCUUUGGUCAAUAGUGUGUUUGCUCAACCUAUUACUUCGACACCGUUGACUGCUAUGAAAUCUGAUAGCAUGUCCAAGCCGGGGUCUUUAGUAACCAGUCCCACUGAAAUGCCUAUGGGAGUAAUGAGUCCCCCACCGGCCGUCGAAUGGGGGAUCCCGCAACCGCAGAAACUCAAAUACACGCAGCUAUUCAACGCGACGGACCGCGCUAAGACGGGCGCGGUGUCGGGCGUGCAGGCGCGCUCCAUCAUGCUGCAGUCGCGGCUGCCGCAACAGGCGUUAGCGCAGAUAUGGGCGCUAGCUGAUUUAGAUUCGGAUGGGAAAUUGGGUUGUGAAGAAUUCGUGCUAGCAAUGUAUUUGUGUGAGAAGGCCACGCAGGGCGAGCCCGUGCCUGCCAAGUUGCCGCCAGAAUUGAUACCGCCUACUUUCCGACGUGACUCCGUAUCCUCGAAUACUAGCGCUAAGUCCUACGAAGAGAGAAGAAGAGAGAACAUGGCGAGAGGACAGGCAGAGUUAGAGAGAAGACGAUCACAACUAGCUGACGCUCAGUUGAAGGAGAAGGCGGAAAGAGAGCGAAAAGAGCGAGAGGAAGCAGAGAAGAGAGAAAAGAUUAGGCUUGAAGCUCAGAAGAGAGAACAAGAAGAGUUGAUGAGAAAGCAGAAGGAAGAACAAGAAAAGCGUGAAGCGGCCCGCAAGGAGAUGGAAAGACAGUGUCAACUUGAGUGGGAGAAGAAGAGAACACGCGAACUAGAAGCGAUGCGAACAGAAGAACAAUCAAAAGUCUUAACACUAAAAUCAAAAAGUCAGAACAUAUCGUUAGACUUAUCAUCGGCUCUGACCCGCGCCGCUAACUUGGCGAAACAGAUCCGCGAUACCAGGACCGCUGUCGCCGCCGCCAAGUGCACUAUCGACGGCAUGAGAUCUGACCGCGACACAAGUAUGGCAGAGAUGCAGCAACUGAAAGCUAGAGUGAAGGAAUUAAACGCCAAGCAAAUAUCUCUCAACAAGGAGAAAGCUGAGCUUGAUGCUAAGGCUAAAGCUUCGGAAGGCGCAGGUGAAGACGGAAAAUUGAAUAUGAUGGAAAUCACCCUCAAACAACUUCGUGAUAAGGUGGAAGCGGCCAAAGCACUAGUAGAAAGCAAAAAACAAGAUUUGGAAACGAAUAAUUCGCAACUUUCUGAACUGACAAACACAGUGACAGAGUUAGGAGAGAAAUGUACAAGAGUUUGGAAAUUAUACGAAGAGAGAAGAGAAGAGUAUCUUAGUAGGAGUUCUGCCCCUGCUGAGAGCGCGUGGAGUAAUACUGAAACAGAAUGGGGUACCGCCGCUGCCGACGCUUGGGGCGAAACCCCGGCCGCCGAAGACGCCUGGGGCGACGCCCCCGCUACUACAGCAACAGAAACGGUGUCUACCACAAGCGCCGCCAGAUGGCGUUGUGUGUACGAAUUCACCGCCAGAACUGCUGACGAACUCAGCCUGCAGCCAGGAGACUUGGUCAGCGACGCUCAACCACCGAGGGGUGAUGCUGAACCAGGGUGGAGAUGGGGUACCGCUAGAGGCCAAUCCGGCUGGUUCCCCGAGUCCUACGUGGAAGAUAUAAACGCCCCCGCAGCCUACUCGGAAGUCGUCGAACCUAUGGAAACGAAGACUCAGCUCGAAGGAAUAGCGGAAGUCCCGGAGGCCGAGGUCUCUAACGACUUGGGCGGCGCUAUGCCGGUUGUAGAAGGAGGCGACUUCUACAUAGCGGCUUACCCUUACCUGUCGGCUGAGCCGGGCGACUUGACUUUCGAAGCCGGCGAGAGAAUCGAAGUCGUUCGCAGAGAUGGAGACUGGUGGACCGGUAGAAUUGGUAUCAGAACCGGCAUUUUCCCGUCGAACUACGUGACAAAAGACACGACAACCACAGCCGACGUGAUAGCUCCGAUCCCGGAGGCCGCGGAGCCCGGGGGCGAAGCCCUGGCUGAGGCGCCCGCGCCACCAGCACAGCAACCUGCGCCUUACUCACCGCCUGUACAGGAACAAAAGUCCUCCACCCCCAUAUCGUCAGAAGUGGCCUCUAUAACGGAGAACGCGGCCGCCGCCGCAGUCCCGCGCCCCGCGUCCGCCACGCGCCGGGAUUCCGGCCGGGACUCUGUUACGGGACGACGGAAGAAUGAGAUAGCUCAGGCUAUUGCUAAUUAUACUGCUACUAGCUCAGAACAGCUAUCCCUAACAAAAGGACAGCUGCUAGUAGUACGGAAGAAGGCGGACAGCGGCUGGUGGGAGGGAGAACUGCAGGCCAAGGGCAGGAACCGGCAGGUGGGCUGGUUCCCCGCCAGCUAUGUUAAGAUCCUGCAAUCAUCAGGCCGUACCUCCGGUAGAACUACACCAGUUCUAUCUAAAAUGGACACCCUACCCGCAGAAACAGUCAUCGAUAAGGUGAUCGCACUUUACCCUUAUACGGCCCAAAACGCGGACGAGUUGAGUUUCGAAAAAGAUGAUAUCAUAGCCGUCACUGACCGAUCGCAGGACCCUGCUUGGUGGCAAGGUGAACUUCGAGGGAUGACGGGACUGUUCCCGAGUAAUUACGUAACUAAAUUAGUUAACUAAAUCAUGUUUAGUACAACUUAAUCGAGUCUUAACUUACUCUUAAAUUACGGCUGUUUCCUAAUAUUCUAUCUAUUACGGACUUAAUUCUGCUAAUUUUAUUUUAGCGACAUUUUUUUUUUAACGACGUCAAAAAUCAUCAAAUGACCCCUCCUGUUGUGGGUUACGCGCGGUGAGGGAGUGUCAGACUCUUACUGACUAAACACCGUCGUGUUCCGUCGUAGACCGCGUAUGUACCAGGGCCGCGGUAACUCUUGCGAACAACCCGCAGCCCCGGCAGGCCUUGGCCCAGCUGGGCCCCGCUGAGGUUGAGCGACAUAUGAUUGAUAUCUAACUAAGAUUCAAUCACGACUUAAUUACGAUUGAAGCGUAUGUGGCAUUCUGCAUUUUUUGUUUUGUUUUAAAUAAACGUCUUUAUCCUUUUCUGUGAUUCAAUAAUGAAUCAUAUUGUCUGCAAAUGAUUUACGAUUGCAAUAGGAUUGUAGAGCAGACUACCUUGUAGACCAAUGGAAUGUCAUUGGAAUAAGAUUGGUCUUAUAUUAGUAGCAGAAUUCCCGCUAACGUUAAAACUGCUAUUGAGAUUCAAUUGAGAUCCAAUUGACACAUUAGCAGAAUAGCAGAAACUAGAAAUCGAAUUUUGUCUCUAGUUGGCAAAAAAAUUAGAUAGUAUAUUGGAACCGGUCGUAAGAGUUACUGUAUUAGCACGACAAAAAAUCUAGUUUUAGUGUCGCUAAAUAAUCCAAAUAUUUAAACUUUAAAUAUAAUGUAGAUUCAUUGUAAUAUGGCUAGUUUAAUAUUUAAUUCGUCAAGAAUUAUUUAUAUAUAAUAAUUACUAAAAUCUGGUAUCCGAAUUAAAUUAUAGUUUACUUUUUGGGACAGAUAUACAUACAAGACUAAAAAAAUCCCAGAUAUUUAGACCCCGAUGGUUGUCAAAAAUAUUUUUUUAAGAAAAUCUUGAUUCCAAUCAAAGUUUUCAGUCGGUCUGAUACCGGCUAAAUACCUGAUCUUUGUAAUGUGCGUACUACCAUUCAUCUUCAUACUGAUUUAUGAGCUCAAACAAACUAUCGGUCGACUAAAAGUUUGCAAAAAAGUCGGUGAAUUGAAUAUUAAACUUGCCAUAUAAUAAUUAAAAGAACAAUUUAUUAAUAGAUAUAGCUGGCUUCUAUGUUAAAAAGGCACAAAAAUAUAGAAAAAUAUAUAAAUGUAUUAAUUACUCUUCAAUGUAUGAGUAGGUAAUUUCAUUUAUAACUAUGGAAAAUGCUUCUUACCACGUGUUUACGCUUAGCAGUAGCUGUUGUUAACUCUUUCACACUUUAGUGACUAUAUUUAAAAACAUGUAUCAUUAAUGUUAUCAAAAUAAAGAGAUCAUGUACUAAUAUUGUGAGCAAAUAAGAGUGAAAAUACUUCGCUUAAGGUAGUAUUACACUUAUGACAUUAAGCUCUUUUAGACUCCAAGAUUUCAUAAAAUAUGAGUGACAUUUAAAUAUAUCCCACGAUGAAAAUCUAUAUAUAUAAAAAUGAAACCCGCUUUCCGUUGUCACGACAUAACAUGAAAACGGCUUGCCGAUUUGGCUGAAAAUUAGAGGGGAGGUAACUUAGACCCGGGAGAAGGUUUUAGGAUAGUUUUUGUCAUCAUCCGGGUACGGGACGCGGGUGAAACCGCGGGCGAAAGCUAGUAUGUUUAUAAAAGUGAAAACACCGGCCAAGUGCGAGUCUGUUUCGUGCAUUUUAGUAAUAGGGGUUUUACCUUUGCAUAAAGAACCCUAAAAAAUCAUAAGUGUAAUACGACCUUUAGUGAAUUAAUGUGUAAAACUUGCCAAAGCGUAAAUUCAUUCAAUUACAGUAGGUACAAAUAAUUACCAAUAUUAUAAAAGAGGAAAUAACUGUCUGCUUGUCAUUAUAUCAUUUUCACGGUAAACUACUACGCCGAUUUGGAUGAAACUUAGUAAGGAGGUUGAAACCUGGGGAAGAGAAGGGAAUAGGGUAUUUUUUAUCCAAAGGAUGCAGAGUAAACCCGCGGGAUAAGCUAGUAUUGUAUUUCUAUAAUAAUCUAUGCCAGCCUAGUGUUGCCAUUUCGAAUAAUUACUUUUAAUUGUUUAAAAUAAUCGUAUUUAAUCAUGUAGUUGAUUUUAGUAGGAAUAAAUGUUACAACCUUUA